AUGUUGCUCUCAUUGCCUAGUGAAGAUAUCGUCCACAUCCUCGAACUUUGUAACUUUCGCGACAUCAUCUCGUGUAGUAUGGCGUGCCGCCGCCUGAACUACAUUGCAACAGGCUUCGAAUCACUAGUAUAUAUUGUAUCGCUGGCCGCGGCGGGCCUACAAACACCGGAGAACUGGACGCCGGACGCCACACUCACGGCAUCAGAGAAGUUGACACAUGUGCAAGAGUACGACAGCUCAGGGAGUCGGGGCGGACAACUCUUGCUUUUCAGUCUCCUACCUGAAGAUACCAUACAGGUUUCAGGUGGUCUCAGGCUUGGAUUGCGGCGGAUGGCCGAUAAUAUGAUGCACUUGUCUUUGCAUGACUUGGGAGGCCCGCGGUCUUUGCCGUCGUCGCAAGUACUGCCGAUUAUUCCCCUGCCAGAUAGCACGCGGACUCCGAUAUGCAUGGUUGACUCGGCUCAUCGUGUGAUGGUAGUCGUCUACGAGACAGGGCGUCAGUGGGAUUGCUCAGUUCUUGAUUUCGCAUCAUUAGGUCUUUCGCGCCCCAUCACAACUUACAAUGUCGGUAGUAUGGAAUUCUGCACGCGUGCAUGGCAAGUGUGCGGGAAUACACUCAUCUAUUGUGAAUAUCCUUCGCCACAUCGUCAUCCCUGCUAUCAUGUCAAGGACGUUCGCUCGGGAGAUCACCUGCUUACCAUCGAUGAUCCAUUUCCAGCCCCAAACAUGAGCAGUACAAAGCUAGUUGCGGAGGAUAUGAUGCUCAGAGUGACCCACCCUGAACCCCCACUCAUCCCUGAAGAUGGCCAAUCUCCUGAGCUCCACAUCGAAGCAUUUUUACUGAAUGGUACUACAACGCCUACGUCCUUCAUACUGGAACUCCCCGUGCUCAAUGAUCAGUACUUGGGCGCUUUCCUAUGGUUCGAUCGCGAUGCUUCUGUCGACGGAGAUCCCCACCGUUUCGACGGCCUCGCUACCUCGGACGACGAACGACUGUUUCAUCUGCACUUCAGUUUUAGAUGCCCCACCGCAAUGGAUUGGCAUCAUACUCCCUGCGAAUAUACCCGUGACGAUAUCUUGCUACUGGUCCACGUCAACGGGCUGCGCGCGCUCCUUCGCUCGCUCAGCCCCCGCUCCCGCGACAGCUCUUACGUGCUUACGUGGGAGGAAUGGGCGGGCCACGCACGUCUGAUGGUCUUGCGGCCUCCACCAAUCCCAGUGCGUAUGGAGUGGCGCAGUUCCGCCAGUACCUCCGGCAUGCGGCUGGUGUUGUGGUUCGAAUGCUGGCGCUACUUCGACUUAGACGUGCCGGCGUCCGCGAGAGUCCACGACGCCUCUCCUCCCGCCAUGCGUCAACUCGUCCUCAUAGACGUCCACCCUCGCCGCGUGGCGCGCCGUGCAGCCGAGCCCCAAGUCCCGUUCGCACUGUCCAAAGACCUACGCGGCACCGGCAGGGUCAGCCCCUUCAAGGACUGGCAGAAUGUCUAUCACGGCGGCUUAUCCUGUGUCGAGUACACGUACGUGCUACCACCGGAAGUGGCGCGCUCGGUCUCGGACUUUGACGUGGCGGCGGCACUCGACGGUGUCGUCGUCAAGACGCGUAAAUUGCCAGGUAAUACUCCGGCUGAGUUUCAAUACUGUACGAUACCUCGCCUGGAGCCACCUGCGCGAGCAUUCAGACCUGAUGUCUUACGGUAG